AUGCAAACACCCAUUAGCAUAUGUACUGAGAGCAUCAUUCCAGCCGGGCUAAGGUUAGGUCCGGCCCCGGGAAUCUUUAAACUGGGAAAAUACAUGACUGACCGUAAGGAGCCUGGGCUUAAGAAAAAGAUUCGAUUGCUGAGGGGAUAUUUGGUGGACGAAGACGGGAGAUCCGUUCUGGAAUGGAUAGGGUUAAUCCGUGCUGCUAGAAACAGCCAAGAACAGAAUCUAGAAGCCAUAGCAGACUUCCCCGGAGGGCAGGUUUUUUAUAGAGCUCUGCGAGAUAUACAGUCCGGAGAGGAGUUAACUGUGUGGUAUUCAUUCUCACUAGCUCAGUGGUUUAACAUUCCCCCUACGGCUACACCAACUCACGACGAAAAAGGUGAAGAACGCUACAUCUGUCGGUACUGCUGGAGAAUAUUUAAAUACCCCAAUACGUUGAAAUCUCAUAUCCACUUUCAGUGCGCUUUAAUCAAUGAUAAGGGCUUCGUGAACAACGAACAAGACAGGAACUCGGGAAAUGAUAGCAGAUUUCAGAAAUCUGGAGACAUUUCGAACAUUUCCCCGCCACUACGAAACGGCCAUAACCAGAACCCGACAAGUUCAGGGCAUAUAAAACGGAUAGCGCUGUCAUCUCCAUUUUUAAACAAAGCAGGAACGACGAAAAAAACAACGGGGCUAGAGGACCAGGACCGAGCAUUAGACAUGAGCGUCAGUUCUGCCAGAAGCCAUGGGCAUCUCAUUGGCCUGGGUGGGACUUCUCCUGGCCUAAACAACAUGUGUUUCCACCCUGGAGUACGAUCUGCUUUUAAACCAGCGAGGUUUUUAAAGCUCAUGUCGUCUGAAGUAUCCAGAGAAGAUAGCAAUGUAAAACAGAACGGACUGGGUUUUAGUAAACUUCUGGGAAGCAUUAAGACAACGCGGAUAAUGAGUGAGUCGUUAGCGGUCGGCAACCCUUCCAAAUGUAGCCACCACAAUGAUUCCACACUAUCAACGUUGCCCUGCAGCAAUGCCAUCGAAGGAGUAAAAUUAUUUCCACACUUUGAGGAAACGACUGCAUUUAAACAUGUAGAAAGUCGUCUUCACUCGGGGUUAUCCCCACCUUGCUACUCGCAGAUUUCUUCUGGGUUGCAUUUUGAGAGGUUUUCUAUCCCCCAGUUCGAUGGCGUCAAGCCAUACAGUGCAGAAAGUAACAUCCCCAUCAUGCCCUUUACCGUCUACAAGGGAGAGCUUGUCUACACUUCUCCCUAUCAUCCUCUGACGUUCCACUUCAACAAUUUGAUUAAGUAUCCAGAAUCGCUGUCAUACUUCGGGGCCCCAGCACUCAACUCAGCCUUGAGCGCAGUUACCAACAUUGACAGAGAGAUUGCCAUGCAUACUCAACAGCUUUCUGAACUUACUGUUGAGAAGAACCGGGCGAGAUUAGAGUCAGUGCCCACCACAACCUCGGCUCCUGGCAAACCGAAGAAGGGACAUCUGUGUUUAUACUGUGGCAAACUCUACUCCCGCAAAUAUGGACUCAAGAUACAUAUGAGGACUCAUACAGGUUACAAACCUUUGAAGUGCAAAGUGUGUUUCAGACCUUUUGGGGACCCGAGCAAUCUAAAUAAGCACAUCCGCCUACACGCAGAGGGCAACGCGCCGUAUAGGUGUGAGUUUUGUGGAAAAGUGUUGGUCCGCCGAAGAGAUCUGGAGAGGCAUGUUAAGUCGAGACAUCCGGGAAAAACGAUUAAAAAUUCUGAUGAUAAAACGGAGAGCACUUUCCAAGACCAGGAGCAAAACAAUGACUACAGCAACGAUAGCGAUGUCGACGUUUGUUUCACAGACGAUCACAGUGACCAGGAAUCUGGAAAGAAUACUGGUCAAUAG